AUGGUCGAGGGCCCCGGGUUGGUCCGGGGUGUGGGGGUGAAAGCUGGGGCGUUCCGGGAGAAGAAAACUUCGGUUUGCGAGCCUUGCAUCAUGGGGAAGCAAACCCGGAAGCCGUUCCCCAAGGAGUCGGACUCCAAGGAGAGUACGGAGCCCCUCGAGCUCGUGCACAUGGACGUGUGCGGGCCCAUGCCGGUGACGUCAAAGGGGGGAGUAGUCACGGAGAGCGUGUUUGCCCGCUUGGAGUUGCAAUCCGGGAAGAAGGUCAAGGCGGUGCAAACGGACCGGGGCGGGGAGUACAUGAAUGAGGAAAUGACGGCCCUCCUCGGGAAAAGAGGGACGGUGCAACGGACCACGGCGGGGCACUCUCCCGAACAAAACGGUUCGGCGGAGCGGUUGAACCGGACGCUCGAGAAAAGAGCGCGGGCUUUAGUAGAGGACGCCGGGUUGGGGCUGGAAUUGUGGGCGGAAGCGAUGGUGACGGCCAAGUACACUCGGAACCGGGUUCCCUCGAGCGUGCACGGCAAGACCCCGUGGGAAAUUUUCUAUGGGGCGAAGCCGAACCUAAGCCACUUGCGGGUGUUUGGGGCGCGGGCCUACAUCCACGUGCCUAAGGGAAACCGGAAGAAGAUGGAGCCGGUGAGCGAGAAGGGGGUGUUCUUGGGCUACGAGCCCAACUCGAAAUCCUACCGGGUCCUUCGGGAGCGGGAUGGUAGGAUCUUAACUUCCCGCGACGUCAUGGUGGAUGAGCUUGGGCCCUCCGCGAUCGUUGAGCUUGGCUCCGAUCCGGGGAAGGAGGAGGGGGGUGCUCGCGGCCCUAGUCGUGUGAGGCCCCCGACUCGGAUGGGUGUAGGGGCUAUCCCUACGGGGGAGGCCGACACUCAGCCCGGUUGGGUUUACAAGAUUAAGACGGAUGCGCUUGGGAACUUGGAACGGUACAAGUCUCGUUUGGUGGCGAAAGGGUACUUGCAAAAGCAAGGGAUCGACUUCGAGGAGAUCUAUGCCCUCGUGAGCAAGCACACCACCUUGCGGGCGCUUCUAGCGGUGGUCGCGGAGCGCGAUUUGGAGUUGCACCAAUUGGACGUUAAGACGGCGUCCCUUAACGGUGAGCUCGAGGAGGAGAUUUACAUGCAACAACCGCAAGGGUACGAGCAAGGCGGGCCCAACGUGGUUUGCCACCUCAAGCGCACUUUGUACGGGUUGCGCCAAGCGCCGCGUCCGUGGCACACGCGCUUGAAGGAGGAGCUUGGGAACUUCGAAUUCGUGGCGUCCUUUGUGGACGCGGCCCUCUUUUCGGGAGUGGUGGACGGGGAGCGGGUUUGA